AUGGCUAAGUCUCUUAAAUCUGUUCACUUCUUUGCUCUCUUCUUCAUCAUCAUCCUUCUUGCAAAUCGGGAAAUGCCAGUGGCAGAAGCAAAAUUAUGCCAAAAGCGCAGCAAGACAUGGACAGGCGCCUGUAUCAAGACAAAAAACUGUGACCGCCAGUGCAAGAAAUGGGAGAAAGCACAGCAUGGUGCUUGCCACUGGCAGUGGCCUGGAUUUGCUUGCUUCUGCUAUGUCAAUUGUUAG